AUGGCUGAGACUGAUUCCGCGACGCCCCAGAAAUGGUCCGAAGAGCAUGUGGAGAAGCCAUCGAUCCACGAGAAGGACGUGGUGUAUGAGCAUGCUAAAUCAAAGCACCAUGACCCAAAUUGGACUGGCGAGGGGGUGGACACCUCACACGUCGACCCCAAGAAGGUCCUACGGAAAAUGGAUUUGCGCCUGAUACCCAUGCUGGCGAUCCUAUACCUGCUGUCUUUUCUCGACCGAGGCAACAUUGGCAACGCGAAGAUCGAAGGCAUGGAGGCUGACCUGAGUCUUUCCGGCCCAGAAUACAGCCUUUGCGCGACGGUCUUUGCCUUCCGUUUGGUUGCCAUCCAUCAUGGUAGCGUGGGGUACGUCUUUUGCAGCGUUAACAGACAGAUCAUCAAGCUGACAAAGCUAGGCACGGUCAUGACCUUGAUGGGUCUUGUUCAAAGCUACCACGGCCUUCUCAUUGCUCGUAUAUUCCUCGGUGUCGCCGAAGCUGGCCUCUAUCCUGGUGUUGCAUACUAUCUGACAAUGUGGUAUUGCACCGAAGAACUGGCUUUCCGCCAGAGCCUCUUCUUCAGCGCCGCCAGCGUGGCCGGCGCCUUUUCAGGCUUACUUGCGUUCGCCAUCGCCAAAAUGGACGGCGUCGCUGGCGAAGCAGGCUGGCGCUGGAUCUUCAUUCUCGAGGGCAUCGCAACUGUUGUCGUUGCGGUCGCAGCUUUCUUUCUCUUGCACGACUUCCCCGACACCGCAAGCUUCCUGACGACCGAGGAGAGGGCAUGGGUUGUGCAUCGACUCAAGUACCAAGGGAGCAAGAAGAGCGGAAGAAUGGUCGCUGAGAGCGAGCAUUUUGAAUGGAAAUACGUCAUCAGAGGCAAGUGGAUACCCUUUUCUUUCUACUACCAAUGA